AUGGAUUUGCAGCCCGUAGGGUCUACGACACGGCCCAGCGGCCCAAAGACGUUCCCCGCAACCAUGAUGACGGAAAUGCAGCAGGCAGGCAUCUCUGUCAGCGCCGCGGCGCAGUAUGUCGAGGCCCAGCAGUGCAGUGUAUCGAGCAGAGCGGCGUCUGGACUGAUGCACGGAUGGCCAAUGGCGGCAUGCAGCCCAAGGUCCGUUCAUGAACAGCAGUUCCGUGGAUCGGGUGCGUCCAGCUCAGAUGCAGCACGUGACGCGAGGGAGCGUGUGGGCAGUGUGCGUGUGCAGUGUGCACUGCAGGGUGUGUACAGUAGGCUACCGGCAAAAUGGGGGCCAGGUAUGGAUACAUGCUUUCAAGGUUACUGCUUCGACCGGCCCGUCGGCGUCAGCAGGGAGGGUCGAGAGUGA